GGGCGUGUCCCGGCGGCGAUGGCGUCGCUCUUCGGCGGCGUGGAGGGCGGGGGCACCCACUCCAGGGUGGUGCUGGUCUCCGGAGAUGGCCGGAUCCUGGCCGAGACGGAGGGUCCCUGCACGAACCACUGGCUCAUCGGCUCCGAGAAGUGCGUGGAGAGGAUCGAGCGGAUGGUCAGCGAGGCCAAAAGCAAAGCGGGGGUCGACCCCCACGUCCCCCUCUGCUCGCUGGGAUGCUCCGGCUCCGUGUCCCCCCCCUCCCGGGGGUGACAGGGGACCCUCGGGUGCGGGGCAGGGGCUGUCCCUGAGCGGGGGCGAGCAGAAGGACGCGGCGGGCACGCUGACGGAGGAGCUGCACCGGCGCUUCCCCCGCCUGAGCCGGCAUUACCACGUCACCACGGACGCCGUCGGGGCCAUGGCUACGGCCACUGACCGUGGCGGCAUCGUCCUGAUUUCGGGUACCGGCUCCAACUGCAAACUCAUCAACCCCGACGGGUCGGAGACGGGCUGCGGCGGCUGGGGACACAUGAUGGGUGACGAAGGCUCCGCGUACUGGAUCGCUCAUCAGGCCGUGAAGAUGGUGUUCGACUGCAUGGACAACCUGGAGGUGCCACCCCACGACGUCGGCUACGUCAAGCUGGCCAUGUUCGACUACUUCCAGAUCUCCGACAGGAUGGGCCUCCUGACGCAUCUCUACCGCACCUUCGAGAAGUCCAAGUUUGCGGGGUUUUGCCAGAAACUAGCAGAGGGCGCCCAGGCUGGUGACCCGCUCUGCUGCCACAUCUUCAACAAAGCCGGCGAGGUCCUGGCUCGCCACGUCGUCGCCGUGCUGCCCAAAAUCGACAGGAGCCUGUUCCUGGGGGAGCUGGGGCUGCCCAUCGUCUGCGUGGGCUCCGUCUGGAAUAGCUGGGAGAGGAUGCAGGCGGGGUUCAUCCAGGUGCUGGCGCGGGCGCGGGAGGAGGCCCCCGGCCGCCCCUUCUCCCGGUUCAGCCUCCUGAAGCUGAAGCGCUCCUCGGCGCUGGGGGGGGCCCGCCUGGGCGCCCGCAGCGUCGGCCAAACUCUGCCCUUGGACUACGCCGGCAACGUGGACGUCUUCUACACCCACGUCUUCUAGCCACGGCCCCCCCCCACCCGUGCUCCCCGCUCCCCGGGGGUGGGGGGACCCUCCGUGCGUGGCAGCGGGGCUGCCGGCAGAGGAGGAUUUUUUUUAUUUUUUUUUUUUUGUAGUUUGGCAAUAAAAAGGUUCC